CCUUAACGCGCCUGCCUCAUCACCAGUUUGCCUGCAUACACUCGCUUGGAGACGCGGUAUUUUUCCCAAUCAAAAGCAGCCGAUUUUCCGUCGAAGCAUCAUUAAUUUAAUAGCGGGAUUAUAGGAUUGACCCUCAUGGAUUCCUAUGCUGAAUAUUCGUUUCAUGAAGCGUGCUAAAUAACCUGCUGUUAUGCGCGCGUGAUUGAUGUGGUGGUCACGGAUGAUUCUGAAUGCGCUUUGCAGACGCAUCGCCUUAAAGUUUCAAUGCUGACAUAGAGCAGAAAAACAGUGGAGAGAAGACCUCAGUCUAAGGAACUGUAAAGGAUAGAUCAAAUGUCUUUUUCGGGACCUUUCGGCCUAUUGCUGAAUUUAUCUCUAGCCCGAUGGCCCCAAGAAAUGCGCGUAACGAUUUCUACAUUUUGGGCUCCAAUAGCGGGAAUGGCAACGCUGGAACCCAAGGCAUGUCGGAAUGGAUAGGCUUGUCCUUAUGCCGAAAAUAUGUUGACCUGGACGGUGUGUGGACCAAGUGUUUGAUAUCUGUUGGAAUUACAUUGCUCCUGGUUCCGUCCAUAUUUGCCAUAAACGAUGAAGCAAAGCUGGAGGCAUCAGGGCAACCCUUCAGUCCUUCCCGGGAUCCAACCGGAGCCCCAAACAUCACAGUCUCAUCCUCACUAUUGGAGGAUGAAGACUUUGCCUCGCAGUUUCACUCCCCACCAGAGAGGGCAGAAAGCACAAGGGAGCAGCCUGUGUUCGCCUCAGUGCAGACCCUGCAGGUUGCAGAAACAGAGCCUCAAGCGCUGGUGCAUUCUCUGCCCUCCCCACCCGGCAACAGUGACAAUCGCACCAAUCAAAAGUCCCCAGGGGAGCUGGCCGUCAGAGUGCCAAAUCCAGCAUCCCCGGCACAGAAAAUCAACAGUGUCUUGACCACUAGCCCAGACGAGACCCUCAGUGAAUUCCCCAGGAACCCUGAUUUGCCCACCGCCUCGGGUUCAUCUUUCAUGCCUGUGGCAGACACAGACGCCACCCUCACUGAUAAUGUGACAACUUCGGUCUCCAUUUCUGCUUUUAACGCCACCUCUCCUGAAAGCGCUUUAGCACACAACAUCUCCCACACUGUGACCAGCGACAGUCUCCAACUCACCACAGUGACCACCACGACUGUCACACCCCUAACUGUGACAUCCAUGGCUGUGACUCCGCCCACCGCCGUCGUCGAGGCGAAAGAGGUCACGACCAGCAUCCCGACCACAACGACCACCCAAACCACUACAACCGAGACGAAACCGCCCACAACUACAACCACCACCACAACCACUACGACAACUACCACCACCACCACAAAAGUAGUGCCUACGACCACAAAACCGCCCACAACCACUUUAGCAACUACCACAAUGACAACCCCUCUUCAAACCACCGCUGUAUCUACCUCUGGAAGUACCACGACUGAACUAGCCAUCCCCUCUACGGACAGUGCUCCUUUGACCUGUAAUGUGACCGAAAGGUUAUGGGUGAAAACAGUGCUGUCCAUCCAGAUGCGGCGAAAUCGCCUAGAAGCUGGAAUGAGACAGAACCUGUCUAAAGGUUUAACGCAUGCGCUGCAGAAAGCAUUCAACGACAGCAACAUCCAUGUUCAGUUGGAAAGAGAUAUCUGCACGCCGUCUAAUGUGACUGUGGGCUACUACGUCUCGAGAGGGAAGACCGUGUUGGUGGCCUCCAUUGUAAUAGACACCUUAUCUACCUAUGGCUUUGACAAGCUUUUGCAUGACAUCAGAGAGUAUGUUCCUGUGUUGUUGGCCGUCCCAAAUCCAGUGACCCCCUGGCUGCCCAGCCUCGGCAUCCACCUGCAGCUCAAAACGGUUCUCAGAUUUGUCGGGCCAACAGAUGACAUCAAGUCUUGCGUGUUCAUCCAAAUGAUGGAGCAAAGAUUGGAAAAUGUGUUUGCUGAGGCUCAGGAGAAAGUGGAGGACUCUUAUGGGACUCUUUCUGUUGAGAUUCUGAACUCAUAUCAAACCGGGAAUUCAUUGGCAGUCACUCUGGUGUAUGUGGUGUGGAACGGCAGCACUCCGUUGAACGGUACUGUGUCCAGCGGACUCCUUAACCAGCUCACUGCCGAGCUGGUGGGCUACUUCCUCUUCUUCCCCCCUCUGAUCAUCGCUGAGCCUCUAGAGUACCACAACCUUAACACUUCAGUAGCAACUCGAGAUUACUGGGUAAUCACAGUAAUUCAGGACGUUGACAGCUCUUCUCUUGAAGGGAGUUAUCAGAGCUUUGCAAGUCUAAUGGAACAGCGGCUGGCAGAACUCUUUCUGGUUGCCAGUCGACACGGCCUCCGCUUCAGGCGAGCCACGACUGUAGGCGAUUACACUGUCCAGAUGGUCAGUAUCCGACGACUGACUGGUCCCAAAAACUCAGCUGAAAUGACGUACUACGUACAAGUAGAUGGAUCUCCCAUAACUGGCACUACUGCGGCCAAGACCCUCAACACAGUGGACUCUCAGACCAUGGCUCUCACUCUUGGAUACUUCGUCCAGAUUCAAGCAGAGGCGGUGGUGAAGAGUCUGCCUAGUAACCUCUGGACAUUGGCUGUCCUGAUACCCGUAUCAGUUGUGAUGGUCGUGGUGGUCAUGGCGGUUGCGAUCUUGUGCAGGAGAAACCGAACCGUCUUCAAGACCAGCGCGUUUCGCAAUUUCCACAGCCGCACUAAGACCUCAUAUCGAAGAGAUGGGAGUUAUCACCACCAGCCCGUGCAGGGUUUCGACUACGCCAAGAAGCACAUGGGCCGGCCAGGUGAGGAGGCUCUCACAGUCACCAAGGAAACACUUGUCCUAGCCCUACCGGUACGGGACGCCCCUCUCACACAAGACAGGGUGGCGGUGUUACAAGAUGGUACAGCUUCAAAAAGACCCCAGUCGACCGAGAUGCAUCUCAGCAGGUUGCCAAGCGAGGACGGCUCUGUUUCCAGCAAUGAAUCCGGGAAGCUGAACACGGGCAGAAGCUCCACAGCUCGGAGAUCGACGGUACAGAAAGCGCCCAAAGAAGAGCAACACACGAGAAAUGACCAUUAUGAUUCUCUAACUGGCUCUCUACGCCUCAUCACCAUCAAGCCUAUGUCUGCCCCACUCAACUAUUCUUAUCCCGACUCCUCCAAUCACAGCCAAGACUCUGUCAUCCUGAACGGAGAGGUCAACAUGGGGCUGAAGCAGAAGUCGGACAUUGAGCAUUACCGUAAUAAGCUGAGGUUGAAAGCUAAAAGGAAAGGUUACAGUGAUGGGCCGGUCACCAGCAGCAGCGGGAGCGGCAGCGGUCACAUGUACAGUCAUCGAGACAGGCUGAGACGUGAGAACGCUUCCUUGGACUUGGAAGAUCUGAGGGGGCCGAAGGAGGACAGGAAACCCUCCACUUACGUAAAGUACCGCAGGAGUGACUCCCACAGGGAACCUGCAUAUUGGAGCAGGCAGUCUCUGAACACCCCGAGCCCUGUAGAGACAGAGAUGGACAUGCUGGUCAUGAGGGAGCGAUCCAGGAGGGGUAUCCGCAACAGUGGCUACGAUGGUGAGCCUGAACCAUUUGAAGAGACAGAUGUGGACCGCCUUCUGAGUUCCCUAGGUUUUGGCGGUGGCCACCAGGUCAAAGGUCACUCCGACUCGUCCACCCUGAGCUCGCAGCCUUCCAUCGAUGAAGUGAGGCAGCAGAUGCACCUCCUGUUGGACAACGCCUUUGGUUUGGCCUCUGCCGAGCCAACCCCGGCAAACCACCACCACCAUCACCACCACCCUCACGGUCCGUACAACCCCAGCCACGGUAGCCCUUACUUGGACGGGGUUACCAGCGCACCUGGGACUAUGAACCACCCCAAUGGAGCUCUACAGCGCGGAUCCUCCUUUGGGCCGGAAAUGCACCAGUGUAGCCUCCCCAAACCAGGAUUCAGGUUUACCCAGCUGCCUGAUAUGGGUUUGGGUUCCCCACCACCCCUCAUCCCUCCACGAGGCGGAGCCCCACCUGGAACAUCAUUGAGGCGCUCCACACCAGACAUGAGUUUGAAGCCUCAAGUGUCUGAGGCCUCUGAGAUGAGUCAGCACAAUGGCACCCCCUAUCUGCCAAUCAACCGAGCUCCUUUCCCUGCUGUUACUGUCGACGAGUCUAUGACAAGCUACUCAGGAAACCCAAUGACAGCAGUAUAUGCCAUAUCUGCCAACCGUCCCGGCUACUCUGACUAUUUUGUCCUGUCACCACCGUCCUCCUACCGGAGCCCAUCUUGGAUGUCCUACCCUCCAGAGCCAGAGGACCUUCCACAUCAGUGGAAUGACACGGUAAAGAACCAGUGUCACCUGGAGACCAUAUGCUGAACUGGAGUCAUUUCUGAUGUUGAGCAGUCACUGAUAUUUAAAGGGGUUGUGUACCACCAAAAAGAAUCGUCGUCUAAUCUGAAAUUUUGGAUUCAGCAGCCCCAACCAACCACGACGCCACCCAGACCCAUAAGCCACAAACUCACCUGCCAGCCUAUGUGAGAUGCAGCACCCAUUAUUAAUCAACGUCUGCAGUGAGGGUAAAUAACCACAACAACCACGCUGAAUAAGCAACAGGUUUUUCCUCACUGGCCAAAACUGUGUUUUUCUUAAAGCUUUUUCAAAUUAAGAAGUGUUGUAUCUUAUGCAGGUGGUUUUAAGUGUAUUUUAAACACCCAAGUUACUAAUAACGAAAAAUGAAAACUUUUUUUUUUCUCUGUCUUGGGCUUUCCUUGCUUCAUCGAUGCCUAUCUGUGUCUUUUGCUCUCAUUCAUGCAUUUUUUUUAAGAAACGGUUAUUGCAGGCGAUUCUUUUUGAGCACUCCGUAUGGCUUGUGUUAAAAAAAACAACAAUGAUGACGAUGAAUGAUAUAAAAGAAAUCAAACAUUUGGAGGGAUGUUACAUACUGUACUGUAUCUACUGUAGUCACGAUGCAAAAAAUAGUAUAUGCUUUUUCUUUUUUCUCAAAAAUCCAUAGCUUAUGCUGUAUUAAAGUGUUUCACGAUGCAAAAGCUUUCAUGAAAGACAUGAAUCAUGUUUUGAGAGUUCACGUGUGACAUGGGAAGAUAGCCAUAAAGGUUUAGUGGAUAAAGAGAUUGGUAAAUGAUGAACGGAUGGAGGGAUUCAUAUUUUUAGUAGCCUUUUUGUAAGUACUGGAAGAGUAACAAAAACUACAUAUUUUAUUGCCUUAUGAAAGGUACCAAAACAGAGAUAUUUAUGAGAUAAAAUAUGCAGCAUUCACCAAAAUUGACUUUUUAAAUCUGAUUUAGAAUAUAUUGAUCCCAUGAAAUCAAAUGAAAACUGUAGCAUAAUACCCUAAUAUGAUAUAAAAUUGCCAUAAUUAAGCAAGUACGGUGUUGCAGAAGUAACAUUGGGCAUGUGUUCUUAAGAGAAUGAGUCUAAUGCAUGUAGUCUGGACAUAUGAAUCAUAAGGGCUUUGUAUGUCAAGCAAGUCCCAUAUUUUAUUUGGGCAGUUAUAUGACGGAAAUCUAUUGUAAAAAGAAUCAUACACAACAGAAGCAUCCCAUUAAAUACAUGCUACCUGGCAAUGUAUUUUUCAAACCUUUUUUUUUUUUUAAAGCUAUUUGCAAAAUGAAAUAAGAUUAACAUAAUCGGGUUAUGAAAAUUACAUAAUGUGUCGUGUAAAUUAUUACAUUAUUACAAAUGCCACUACUGUAUGAUUUGUGUUGAAAUGAACGUUGUCCUUUCUGUUUAACUUCGGUGGUGCAGGGGAUGUGCAAAUAUCUAUCAUGUAAUUGUUCCUUUUUAAAGUUUUUUCUUUUAAUAUUUUUAUAUCAAUUGAAUCACCUUUUUUUGGCCAACAACUGAGGACAUUCGGCUAAAAAUUGUUACCAAUGUAAAAUAUUGUGCUUCAAAUGUAAAAAAAAAAAAAAAAAAAAAAAA